AAAGGAAGGAUGGAAGAGAUUCCUUACAUGUCCCACACCCUUUUCCCUCCAGUUAUAUUCCAAUCUCUCGCUACCCUCUCCAUACGUACAAAUAAAUGACACCGUAGAUUCUCAUUCUCAUUUCAUCCCUCUCCUUCUCUCCCCUCUCUUCCUCUCUCUCUCUCUCUCUCUCUCUCUCUCUCUCAACCCAAAUGGCUCAAGAGUUAGAGAGGCCUAGAGUCACAGAGAUACAAGUCCGGAUGGACUGCAAUGGCUGCGUCCAGAAGAUCAAGAAGGCCCUUCAUGGCGUCAAUGGGAUUCACGAUCUCUACAUCGACGUCCCUCGGCAGAAGCUGAGGAUCGUCGGAUGGGCCGAUCCUCAGAAGAUCGUGAAAGCCAUCAGGAAGACGAGGAAGACGGCCAUCAUAUGCUCCCAUUCAGAAGAAUCUCCCCCCGACCCACCUGAACAACCACCGGACGGCGGCGGCGAAUCACCGCCGGACGAAUCAAACCCUCCUCCUCCGGAAGGCCCACCGGAACAAUCACCGCCUCCACAAACUGAGCCACCCACGGAACCAUCGCCACCGCCCCCGCCGGAGAAUCCACAACCGGAGGAGAACAACCCAUCACCACCACCACCACAACCACCAGAAACAGAGCCAAACUCAUCAAGCCAGCAGCCGCCACCGGCGGGUUCUAAUCCGCCGGGGCAGCAGAAAGAUGUAGGAGAGGUUCACGUCAUCUACCACCACCAGCCCUCAGACUACCGCUACAAUCCACCGCCGGACUACGGCUACAGAUAUGGCUACGGUGGUGGUUCACCUGCUAGUUCUAGUUCAAAUUCCGGUUAUCAUCAACCCUGGGACAGAUACCACGACGGUCCAGGGUUUCCACCAGUCGUCAUCACCAGGCCGCCACCUUCUCACCAUCCUCCGCCACCGCCACCGGUGUACGUUGCUCAUCACAACUACAAUACGUACAGGCCAGCACCGUACGUGACGGAGUACGAAUACGUCCGAUCGACGCAGCCGCCGCCACCUCCGGCGCAGCCAAGGUACAUGCCUAUGCCUCCACCGCAACCAUCAAGGUACACACGGUAUGGCAGGAUGGACUACUACGACGAUGAGUACCAUGACGGUAAUUAUCGCGGGAACGGAAACAUCUCGUCCAUGUUCAGCGACGAGAACCCAAAUUCAUGCACAGUAAUGUAAACACGAUUAAACAAAAAGGAACGGCGAUAUGAAGAUGUGCAAGUUAUUUUUUCUUUCUGGAAAAGAGGGGAAAGAAUGAGAUUCCAUACUUGCAUAAGUGAUGGGGAAAGAAUCGAAUCGAUUCUGCGUUCCACUUCCGACUCCAAGGGACCUAAAAUCCCUAGAAAUGGUUGGAGGGAAUUUUUGUUGCUAUUAUACUAUCCUACACGUUUCUCCAGCCUCCCUAACUUAGAAAACAAGUAGUAAAGAUGUAACCUUUUACCAAAAUAAUGGCUUCCCAAUCAUGUAGAAU